CGAAGAGUUGUAAUCGAAGGGUUUCGCGUCGCGAGAUGCGCCGUGACUUCGCGGAACGCAAUCCAGAAUCUCAUUUGAAGCGCUGGAAUGAUUGAUUCCAGAGGGGCUGCAAUUUGGUUUGCAGUCUGCUUUACAGUCCGAAAUCAUCAGGGCUCAUGCUCCAUUCCCCAUCUCCCUCCGCCAUAGCCAAGGCUCCCCUGCUUACGCCCCUUUUUGGGGGUGAUUGGAGCUCUGUGGUGUUGGUGGUGAUAGUAGUGGGUCGUUGCCAUUCGGGAUUCGGGGAGAGUGUGAAGAAGCGGUCUUGUGUGUGUGUGUGUGUGUUUGUUUGUUUAUUUGUUUGUGCUCGUCGUGAUUCCAGGGGAGCUCGGCGUCGAGGUGUGUGUUUUUUAGGGUUUGAGGGUGGUGGGUUUUGGUGGGUUCCGGCACCCAGGGUUAAUUCCGGAGUGUAGGGUUCAUGCGUAUUUGCCAAUUGCUACGUAGCGGCAGGAGUGCUGGGAAAUUUUUGGUGGGUUGGGGGGUUUGGGAAUUAGGGUAAGCGUGAACGGAAGGGGAUGAAGCGGAAGGUUCCAUGUUUGUUGAUGGUGGAGGGUUGUGCGCUUGGGAAUGUUGCUGGAUGUGGCUGUUUGGAGAGCUAACGCGAGGAUUGUCGACGACGUGUGUGUCAUUGGGAAUUUGACACUCUGUGACGGGUCUUGGGUUCUUUCUCAAUGGUACAUGGUGUCGGGGACAGGCGCGGUUUGUAACAGGACACGUUGAGGCGAGGGGCGGGUAAUUGAGAGGGAGCGAACUGCGAGGCGCUUUUUCUGAGAUGGGAGAAGAUGACGAAAUGACGCAGGCGGCGAAACGGCAGAGGCUUGAUGAUGGGCAGAAUGGCGCUAGCACUGCCGGGAGUUCCAAGUCUGGAGGUGGGGGAGGACGGACUAGGGAGAGUUCUCCGAGGGAUGGUGAUCGUCGGUCAUUAGAGCGUCGCAAGAGUGGAUUGGCAGCAAAACCUCCUGCUCGGAAGUUUGUCAUGGACGACGAUGAUUCGGAUGAUGAUAUGCCCCUGGCUAGUCGAUUGCCCGUCGCUGCCAAAGGUAAAGUCGUGAAGGGGUCUCAUAUUGUGAAGGGUGAGAAAGAUAUUGCUGCCUCCAUCAAGGAUGAAAGAAUGGCAGACAAGGCUAAGGCUCUGCAGCCGCUAGUGCAUGAUGAAUUUGAUGAUGAUGACGACAAGCCUCUUGCUCACCGCGUCCAGAAAGAAGUAGCUCUAAGCACCGCAGACGACGAUUCGGAUGACGACAAGCCCUUGGCAGCGCGCUUACCUCUAGGUUUAAGGACUUCUGAGCGGAAGGAUUCGCUGCCGAGGACGGAACCAGCAGUCGUUAAGGCAGCAUCAUUACAGAGCAAACCUUCUACUCCUUCACUAUCUAUGAAAACCCCCAAAAUUGUUGUUAUUCCGCAAUCUCUUGGAAAGCCUGAUAGUAAAAUGGAAGUUGACGGAGACGAUGAUGAAGAUGAUAUCCCUCUUGCUCAACGAUUGGCGUCCUCAACCAGUCUCAUUAAGAAGGUCGUGCAGCAGAAGGCUAAAGCGUCGUCCAGUACAGGGACCACUGCAAUAGCGGCUAGAAAGCUUUUGGAGAAGAAAAAAGUGAAGAGAUUGCAGGCUCAGAGGAUGGUUAUUAAGAAGAAGAUCAUCACGAGGACGACCACUAAGAGUAAAAAGAUCGAGCCUGCAAGUGGUGAUGGUGUUAAGUGGACAACUUUAGAACAUAACGGUGUCAUCUUCCCCCCUCCUUAUGAACCUCAUGGCGUGAAGAUGUUGUACGACCGAAAGCCGGUGGAUCUCACGCCUGCGCAAGAGGAGAUUGCAACCAUGUUUGCUGUGAUGAUCGAGACCGAUUACGCGAAAAAGGAAAGGUUUGUCAAAAACUUCUGGGAUGAUUGGAAACCUUACCUAGGGAAAAAUCACGUGAUUAAAAAGUUCGAGCUUUGUGAUUUUACUCCCAUCUUUCAGUGGCAUGCGAGAGAGAAGGAGAGAAAGAAGAACAUGUCGGCAGAGGAGAAGAAAAGGUUGAAAGAAGAGAAGCUCGCUGCGGAGGAGAAGUACAUGUGGGCGGUUGUUGACGGCGUGAAGGAGAAGGUCGGAAACUUUAGGGUGGAGCCUCCUGGCUUGUUCCGUGGCCGUGGGGAUCAUCCCAAGAUGGGGAAGUUGAAGACGAGGAUUCUGCCGCAUGAUAUUGUGAUCAAUAUUGGGAAAGACGCACCUGUGCCAGAGUGUCCAAUUCCUGGGCAAAAGUGGAAGGAGGUUCGACAUGACAAUACAGUGACAUGGCUCGCUUACUGGAAGGACCCAAUCAAUGACAAAGAAUUCAAGUACGUAUUUUUAGCUGCCAGCAGUAGCUUGAAAGGCCAAAGUGAUAUGCUAAAGUACGAGAAGGCGCGUACGCUCAAAGACUAUAUUGAUAACAUCCGAAGGACUUACACCAAGGACUUCUCAUCUUCAGACCCUACCAAGCAGCAGAUUGCUGUAGCAACGUAUCUUAUUGAUCGCCUUGCCCUUCGUGCUGGUAACGAGAAGGACGAAGAUGAGGCUGACACAGUGGGUUGCUGCUCCCUCAAAGUAGAACACGUUAGCCUAAUUGCACCCAAAUCUCUUCAAUUUGAUUUUCUGGGAAAGGAUUCAAUCCGGUAUUUCAACACAGUGGAGGUUGAUGAGCGGGUGUACAAAGCUAUAGGUCAGUUUAAGAAGGGAAAGAAAGGGGGGGAUGACCUGUUCGAGAGAUUAGAUACGACGAAGCUGAACUUGCAUUUGAAGGGGAUAAUGCCGGGUCUCACUGCUAAGGUGUUUCGUACAUACAAUGCUUCCAUCACGCUUGACACCUUGCUGCAGGAUACCCGUGGAGAAACCACAAUUGAAAUUAUUGCAGAUUAUCAGCGUGCCAACAAAGAGGUGGCUAUUCUGUGUAAUCAUCAACGGUCUGUGUCAAAGGGCCAUAGCGCUCAGAUGGAGAGAUUGGAACUAAAGAUGCAGGAGUUGGAAGAGCAGCUGGAAGAAUUGGAGACGGAUUUGGAUAGGGCAAAGAGAGGUAAGCCUCCUUUGAAAGAUUCUGAGGGAAAGGUCAAGAGAAAUCAGACUCCCGAGGCUCUUGAAAAGAAGAUUGCAUCUACAACACAAAAGAUAGACAAGAUGAGGUUAGACAUGAGGGUUAAAGAUGAUCUCAAGACUGUGGCUUUGGGCACCUCAAAGAUCAACUAUAUGGAUCCUCGUAUUACUGUGGCUUGGUGUAAGCGUCAUGAGGUACCCAUUGAGAAAAUAUUUAACAAGUCUUUGCUUUCCAAGUUUGCCUGGGCUAUGGAGGUUGAGCCAGACUUCCGAUUUUAAACAACUUCAUGUAAUUUUGUGAGAUGUAAGCAGGACAUAAAAAGGCCGUGUGGAUAGCGUUGGUAUUCAAGAAUGGGAGCACUAGUUGUGCAGAGGCAGUGCCUUGUCCAGCUAGUGUUCUAUUAGUAGCCUAGUGAAGAAUAGGAAGACGACGGGUGGUUGUAUUUGUUGGGCUCAAGUUACAUUUUGAGACUACAGAGAGGGCCUUGAACAGAAAAAGAUGAGUGUAUGAUUUGCCAGAGAUCCCAAAGAAGGGAGCAGAGGACGGGGUAGGUAUGAUUGUGGCCCACAUUCAUACCUCAUAGAAAAACAACCAUGUCAUGAAGGGCUGUUCAUUGAAAUUCUAGAUUUUUUUUCUUUUUUUUCUUUUUUUUUUUCCCCUUCUUUCUUCUCCCUUUCGAUUCGUCCUGCCACAGCAUGGGGAUUCAUCGAAGCGUUUGAAUCUCCGGGAGUUUCUCCAACUUGGUUACCUUGGAAUCCAUGCGAUCCGAGAUGCAUGUUAAUGCAGCUGUCCAGUUCCCAGUGAGAGAUGCCAACUAAUCGCUCUCCUCCGAGAAGCUUGUGACUACUUCAUCCGUUACUCACGUCACAGUCCUCCACGACUGCGGGUUUCCUGUUCUGACAAAUCUCACUUUACUUUUAUCGAUUCAGAACUUUAGCAGAAAAGUGAGUAUGUAAACAUUGCGGUUCUGGCGUAAUUUUUUUUCCCUUAAGAAGCUA